AUGCUCUUCCUCUUCUCUUUCCUUUUGGUCUUCUUCUCAGCUAAUGCAGCAAUCAGUGGAGAUCUGAACUGCACCACUUACAACGGAACCUCAAACCAUCCAAUCCCAAGACUUCGUCAACUUUCAGACCCUCGCCUCGACUGCUCCACAAUCACCACCGCCCAAUGCAACUCUAUCAUCUGGAGAUCCAUCAUCGCUACUGACUGUCCAUCUGCCUGCGGAUUCUGUAACGAGGGAGGAUGUGUUGACGCUGUUGUCGAUUGCGCCACAGAUAUCUCGAUUUGUACCACUGUUGGAAUGCAAGACUUUGUUAACACGUACUGCCAAAGAACCUGUGGAAGAUGCCCAUCCUCGACAACCUACUCAUCUACCACUACUGCAUCUUCUUCCUCCUCAACCUGCACAUCUUACAAUGCUGAUAGCUCUUCUCAUUGCGCUGACUGGGCAGCCAAUGGAUUCUGCACCAACACCUUCUACACCUCGGCUCAACGCAAAUCCUACUGUGCUUCAACUUGCAAGAUUUGCUGA